CCUGACUUUAUCUUCAUCUCUUCGCGUUACGAAAAAGAAUCCAAAUAACACGAUGCGAUAAAGGCUUUUUAAUCUGAAUGAAUGCCAAGACAGAAAGAGAGAGAGACGGAAUAAUUUUUUGCAAAGCAAGUUCAGUUCUUGGGUGUAAAGGGUGGGACCAAGAAGUUCGUUGCGGGAUAAGAAUAAUUAAUCUACAAAAUGCAUACUUCCACGCUCUUUUUGGUCUUUGCGGCCCUAAUUACGACAGGGUUCGGAAUCAAGUGCUACGUCUGCAACUCGAAUGACCACGAAGGGUGCAAGGAUCCCUUCAAGUUGGAGGAUGCCUCGUCCUACUUGCGCGAUUGUGGGCGCGAGUUGAACAAGACGCGCCAUGUCGACCCCGAGAGUGGAAAAGAGGUCUACACCAACUACACCUUUUGCAGGAAGACGACACAAAAAGCUUCUCUCGUUGGAAUAAAAGCUGAGGACAAGAGGGUCGUGCGAAGCUGUGGAUAUCUUCCGGACAACAGACUCGUUCCAGAUUCGGAUGACGAUAAAAAUGCGCUGAAAUGUUACCGCAAAGUGGGAACAUUUGAAGUUGAAAUGCUCUACUGUGCCUGUUACGCGGACGAGUGCAACCCUGCCGCGCGUCCCGAACCCGUCGCGGUCGCUGGGGUCGUCGCGGCUACCGUUUUGGGCAUGAUUUUUACUCGGUGGUUCUAAUUUCAUUUUCAUUUUUAAAUAAAUAAUAAAUAGUGCAAAAGGUUUAGAGACAGAAAAACAAAACUUGGUGAAUAUUAUCCAGAAAAAAAAGUGUUCAUUUUAAAUAAAAGUCAGUCGGAUUAUUAAUUAAAUCUUGUAAUAAUUAAUUAA